AUGUCGGCAUCGACGCCUCCCUUUGGCUCUUCGGCCAUGAGCUGCACCGUUUCUGGUGCCUUGGUGUGCUUCGAUGUGUGCUUGGUGAGCGGGCGAGCUGCAGUCAUCUCCUGCACGGAGAGCGAGAGGCUGCAAGACAUGCAGGUGCACAUUGCCGGGGUUCUGGAGCUAGGUAGAGACGACGAGACUCCGCUGUUGCAGUUCUUCAAGCAGGCAGACUCAGAGAAGGAACCCCUGGACCAGAGUACCCGUGCCGCAGACAUUGUUGGUUGUACAGUACAUGUCGUGUUGCAAGAACAUCCUGACUGGUAUGUGCAGAAGUGUUUUUCGAGACGUAGCACGGCCCAGUUGAAUUGGGAUGUGGACGAGGAGAGGACAGAAAGGUUGUCGUUGCUUCCGGAUGGCCAGUUCACGUACGAGAUGCGCAGACUCGCAUGGGAUGAGGACGUCGGGCGACUGGCUGUCAAGGAAGAUAUACUUCAUGGCACAGGGAGAUGGAGAUGUGUGCUGCAGGUUGGUAUGCCGGGCGCUUUGCCCGAAGAGGUCUUGCUUUUGGACGGCAGUGCAAACUGGCUGUCGCCUGGACGGGGUGGGCGCCUAGCCUCCCAACGCAUCCGACGGGCCCUUCCGAAAGUGGCCCUGAAAGAAUACGAGAUUUCGCUGCUGCUCACUUGA